AUUAACUUGUUUUUUUUGUUGUUUUGUCCAAAAAUCGAUCAAAUUAUUACGUUCUCUUCAAACGGUCAUCGCUGGUAUGAGAAUAAAAUCAAUUAUCAGCAUGAUAAUUCUGCUGAAGAUUGCGAUUUUCGGAAUUGUCACAACUUUCGUGGAAUGUGAUAAUUUUAAUGUAAACAACGUCGAAUCGCUGGAUCAUUCAAGUCGUCGUCAGUUUGCGAGAGCUGUAAGCUCACACAAUAAUGAAGACCCCGCAACUCUGUUCAAAAAACUACCUGCUGUUGCUCGUCUCAUCACAGCCAUUGCAAUAAUCAAUGGAUUCUCCGAUGGCUCCAUCCCCGCCGAUCCAGUCAUUGCGGAACUCCUGAACAUUGACACUGCCAGUCUUCAACAACUGGAGAAGUUCAACAAGACGUCUGUAGAUAAGUUCAUGGAAAGCUUAGGGAGCGCUGUAAUUGACUCACAUCCGGAUACAUUGAAAGUUGAGCAGGCAAUACUUGAUAUGUCCGAAGUGAAGAUGGCAUGGAAAAAUAUUGGAAGCUUAAGCAAUAUACCGGCAAAUGAUACGUUACAUUCUCUGUUAACUAUUGGGUCCUGGGAUAUAUCUGGAUUGAAAUCAUUUGAUUUGAAGAGCACAUUGGAUAUGAUGGUUUCAGAAAGUUCGACAGUUUCUGAUGUUAAGAAACAGCUAGCCGACUUAUCUUCCUCUGUCAAGAAACUUGCGUUUCUAAACACAAUGAAACCUAUUAUUGAGUUACUUGAAAAAUGGAAGCCGAUUAAACCGUUCGCAGAUAUUAUGGAAUUGUAUCUAGGCGCAGGUGCGUUGUGGUACCCGCCGCCAAAACCUAAAUUCACAGAAAACGCUGAAGCUGUAAAUAACAUAUCACUUUAUGCCGACAAAUUGAAUAUUUUUGUGAUGAAAGAAGUGGUUGGGUCCCCCUAUUCGCAGAUAAUUCGGAAUGUCACUGCAGGAUUUGCAAACGGAAUUUCGGAUAUUGGAAUGCUCACUAGUGAUUCUAAAGAUCAGUGGCUGGAGAGGCUACUCAAGCCGUCGUUUCCGUUGAGUGGCGUUAGAACGUUGACUAAGCAUGCUUCUGAAAUGAAAAAACUGGAUGAUCUAUGGAAACCAGUCACCACAGAAAGUCAUUUUUACACGAUGAGACAAGUCACUGAACUUCAACAACAUCUUGGAAACUUAUUGCCUCAAAAUGGCAUUGAAACAAGUUUAACCACCUUGAAGACGUGUCCAUCAGAAUCUUUUAAUGCACAAUUGGCAACAAACUUAAAAAAUGGAGCUGUUCAUGCACUAUUGCUCUUGAAACAAGUAAAAGCAUUGGAGUCAAUUUCAAGUGUUGUCAACAGCAAGGAUUUCCAAAAAUACUCUAAUUCUACUAAUUCAUCCGACAUUAAAAUAAUGGGCAGAUUGUUGCUUCCUUUAACUCAGAAGUUUAAGUUGAUCCAGGACUCUGGAAGUCUCCAGGAGCAUGCCGACGGAGCUCAAGGAUUGAUGAAUUUCCGAAAAGCAAGCAUUCAAACUUUGAUAGAUCAUCUUGAUUGUUUCAAAGAUAACACCACAGACAUGGAUAAAAUUGCUUCAACUGCAAGAUCAGCCAAGAUUCUAAGAAAAUUGACGUCGGAUAAAGCUUUUGCAAACAACUUCAAUGAUGUGUCAUCUGCUGUGUCAAAGUCGUUGCCGCUUCUUGGACCGCUUCGAAAAAUGGCUGAAGCCUACAAAAACGAUUCCAGCUCAGAAAUAAGCGAACUCAAAAAGUUGAAAGUUUUGCAAGAUCUCUCGAAACCAUUUGGUGAUGCUGUUGGUGCUCUGAUUUCUAUCAAAAAGGCUAGCAGCGGAGCAGAUUUUGAAACUUUUGUGAAAAACGGAGAAGCCGCUCAAAAGAACGUCAAAAGUUCAGGUACUCCUAAUCAGAAGAUACACUUUGAAAGUCAAUUCGGAGAUUUCGAGGAGACAACUCAACAAAUUGAAAUGUUCCUUUUCGAUGUGAAUUCUUGGGAAAAGUCGAUUGCAGUUAAGAAGAACUCGAAUCUAUCCGCUUAUGGGCAAAUGUUCGCAGAUUUGGCAAUUUUCAAUUCGAUUGAUUUGAAGUUUGAAGAAAGACUGGCGGCUACUGAAGGAUUUGAUGACACACAGAUAGUGACUGAAUUUCGAGAAUCUCUCCUGAAACUUUCCAAGUUGGACCUUGAAUUCUCUCGCUACAAAUCUGCGCUGACUAUUAUGCCGGACGUUUUGAACUCUGUUGGUGCUGGCUUCAAGGGCAAAAAGCUUGAUUUACCUGUCAGUGGAGGUGGAGUGAAUAAUGUCUCAACAAGUACACAAUUUGCAAUCGUUGGUGACCCCAACAGUGCUCUUAAGUACACUGUUACGAUAUUGAUCAUUGGCGCCGUUUUGGGAACUAUCGCUUUUCUAUGGUGUUGGCGUGAUCAGAAUUGCAUCUAUCAUAAGCUCAGGAGACACUACUUUAAGCCAAACCACAACAUGAAGACUGCUCGAGAAGUGGACCCGAACUCUCAGAAACCGGUGGCAAGUCAAUCUGAACCGGAAACCGAGAGGUUUGUGAAGCGAAGAGCACAAACUCUUGUUAAAACACAACCAAAGCCAGUUUCCAAAGCAGAAAAAAUUGCCACAAAGCCCAAAGAGAGUGUGAAAGUAAGCCCAAAAGAUGCAAAGACCAAUACUGAAAGCGAGGAGACCAAGGCAGUUGAGAAGAAGAGUGAGCUGAAGGUCCAGGCUAAAUAGAACUAUUUUAUGGAAAAUGAAUUUUGAAAAUGGAAUU